CUUUCUUGGUCACUGUCGCCAAAGUUCGUUGAGCUGAGAUUGAGUUGAGAUUGAGUUGAGGAUCCCGACAGGUCAGCACCGAGGCCGGUCACCCACAGAGACAACAUGCCUCAGCGGAUGGACAUCAAGCGGAAGCUGACGACUCGGUCAGACCGGGUGAAGAGUGUGGAAUUGCACCCCACUGAGCCAUGGAUGUUGCUCAGCCUUUACAGUGGCAGCAUGGUGGUCUUGAACCAUGAGACACAGAUGAUGGUGAAAACCUUUGAGGUGUGUGAGCUGCCUGUCAGAGUGGCCCGGUUUGUAAUCAGGAAAAACUGGGUCGUUGCUGGAUCAGAUGAUAAUCACAUUCGAGUGUUUAAUUACAACACGUUUGAGCGAGUGCACAUGUUCGAGGCUCACGCUGACUACAUCCGCACCAUCGUCGUCCACCCCACACAGCCCUACGUCCUCUCCGGCAGUGACGACAUGUUGAUCAAGCUGUGGGACUGGGACAGGAAGUGGGAAUGUUGUCAGGUGUUUGAGGGACACAGCCACUAUGUUAUGCAGGUCAUCUUCAACCCCAAAGACAACAACCAGUUUGCAAGUGCCUCUCUGGACAGAACUGUCAAGGUGUGGCAGUUGGGCUCCAGGACUCCUAACUUUACCCUGGAGGGCCAUGGGAAGGGAGUCAACUGUGUGGAUUACUACAGCGGGGGAGACAAGCCCUACCUCAUAUCUGGUGCUGACGAUUGCCUUGUUAAAAUCUGGGAUUAUCAGAACAAAACUUGUGUCCAGACACUGGAGGGUCACACCCAGAACGUGACCUGCGUCAGCUUCCACCCCGAGAUGCCGUUCAUCCUCACUGGUGCUGAGGACGGCACCGUCAGAGUGUGGCACUCCAACACAUACCGACUGGAAAACACACUCAUGUAUGGCAUGGAGAGGGUUUGGUGCAUAUGUGGCCAACCUGGCUCCAACAGUGUGGCAUUGGGCUACGAUGAAGGCAGCACUUUAAUCAAGCUGGGUCGGGAAGAGCCGGCCAUGUCCAUGGACUCCAGUGGGAAGAUCCUGUGGGCGCGGCAUUCUGAAGUGCAGCUGGCCAAUCUCAAGACCAUGGCAGGGUCGGAGAUCCGGGAUGGAGAGCGGCUGUCGCUGGGUGUGAAAGACAUGGGCAGCUGUGAGAUUUACCCUCAGACUCUGCAGCACAGCCCCAACGGCAGGUUUGUUGUGGUGUGUGGAGACGGAGAGUACAUCAUCUACACGGCCGUGGCGCUGAGGAACAAGAGCUUUGGUUCAGCUCAGGAGUUUGUCUGGGCUCAUGACUCCUCACAAUAUGCCAUAAAGGACGGAAACAGCACAGUCAAACUCUUUAAGAACUUCAAAGAGAAGAAGACUUUGAAACCACACCUUGGUGCUGAAGGUAUCUUUGGCGGCUUCCUUCUAGGAGUGAGGUCCCACAACAGCUUAGUCUUCUAUGACUGGGAGAGUGGCGACCUCGUCCGCCGCAUUGAGAUCCAACCCAAACAUAUCUUCUGGUCUGAAUCUGGAGAGCUAGUGUGCAUCGCUGCAGACGAGUCUUUCUUUGUGCUCCGCUAUCUGUCGGAGAGGGUGUCAGCAGCCCUGGAAUCCAAGGAAAACAUGACUGAUGAUGGCCUAGAGGACGCCUUUGAGGUGCUGGGGGAGGUGCCAGACAGGGUAAAGACAGGAGUGUGGGUGGGAGACUGCUUCAUAUACACCAACUCUGUGAAAAGACUCAACUAUUAUGUUGGAGGAGAGAUCGUCACCGUUGCUCACCUGGACAGGGUCAUGUAUCUUCUUGGUUAUAUCCCCUCUGACAACCGUCUCUACCUCGGGGACAAGAACCUGAGCAUUGCCAGCUACUGCUUGCUGCUUUCUGUGCUGGAAUACCAGACUGCUGUCAUGAGAAGGGACUUCAGCCAUGCGAGCAAGGUUCUACCCUCAAUCCCCAAGGAGCAGAGGACCAGGGUAGCCAACUUCUUGGAGAAACAGGGUUUCAGACAGCAGGCUCUGGCCGUGACCACGGACCCAGAUCACAAGUUUGAGCUCGCUCUGCAGCUGGGAGAGCUGGAGAUGGCCUAUGAGCUCGCUGAGGAGUCAGAGUCUGAGCAGAAAUGGAAGCAGCUGGCAGAACAGGCGACUAGAAAGUGCCAGUUCAGCUUGGCCCAGAAGUGUCUGCACAACGCUGAAGAUAACGGGGGGUUAUUGCUGCUGGCCACGGCCUCAGGCAACGCAGACAUGGUGGGCAAACUGGCCGAGCGGGCAGAGAGGGACGGGGGGACCAACGUGGCCUUCGUCACCUACUUCAUGCAGGGACGACUGGACAAAUGUCUGGACCUUCUCAUCAAAACACACCGGUUGCCAGAGGCUGCAUUCCUGGCAAGAACAUAUCUGCCCAGCCAAGUGUCAAGGGUGGUGACUCUGUGGAGGGAGCGUCUGUCCAAGGUCAACAAGAAGGCAGCAGGUGCGCUGGCUGACCCCACCCAGUAUGGAAACCUGUUCCCAGACUUCCAGCAAGCCCUGCUGGCUGAGCAAUACCUGAAAGAAACUCAUGUCGGAGUCAGACCUGCUGCAGAAUACCCACUCAUAACGCCCAAUGAGGAGCGCAACGUGCGUGAGGAAUGUGCUGAUUUUGUGCCCAAAGAUCAGGUCGAUGAGUCCGAGGACGCGGUGGAAAGCAUGAAUGAACGCUUGAUAGCAGCGGCUGCGGAGACGACGGAUCCACUUUCAGCAACAGAAGAAGAAACAGUCACAGCAGCAGCUUCACGUUCUCCUGUCACCGCAUCACAGCAGCAUGUUGAACCAAAAUCCUCUGAGGCGGCUGCAUCAGCACCACAGGAGGAAGACACAGAGGAAGAGGAAGACUUUCCCCCGACAGAGCCAGAGGUGGUACAAUCCAGACCUGGCAAUGAUGUCCGAUCUUCAGUGGAGGACGACGUGUCUCCAGCUGCUGAUGCUGAUGCUGUGGCCUGUGUUUCUGAAGCAGCUAUUACUGAAAAAACAGACGCCAUCGGUCCACGUGAGACCACGUCAACAAACACAGUAGAAGCCGUUGAAUUCCCAGUCGAUGCAGAAAUGUCUGUUUAUGACGAGCUGGAAAAAAGUUUCAUCUCUUUAGAUGCACCAGCGGCAGCAGAAGAAACUCCUGUGACUGAGGAACUUGUUUCUGCUUCUGCUGAGUUUGUCUCCCUGGAGAAAACAGACACAGAUCUGGAAGAGCCUGUCCGAGUCAAAAGGUUUGUCCCUGAUCCACUGCUAGAUCCACUUUUCCCUGAUCCACUGCUAGACCCAUUUGUCCCUGAUCCACUGCUAGAUCCACUUUUCCCUGAUCCAAUGCUAGACCCAUUUGUCCCUGAUCCACUGCUAGACCCAUUUGAAGAUGCAAAACCACUGUUAGAGCCAGAACCAGCACAGGAAGGAGCAGAAGACGAGGGCCAGUCCACGGGAAAGUCUGAGGACGAGCCUGAGGUUGUGUCUUCUGCAGAAGCUCCUGCAGAGGAGCACGUUGAAGACCCAGCAGAGCGAUGCAAAGUGGAUGUCAUUCAGCAGGUCCUGGAUGUGCUGGAUCUGGACAGUUUGGACCUGGAUGAUAUAGACACCACAAAUGUGAACCUGGACGAGGAUUUGAGUGAAUAGAAAAGAGAGAGCAGCAUUUUUAAAUUGACUGUGUUGAUGCUCCCACAGACACAAUGACUCUUAAUGAACAAGCAUUUGCUUUUUUGUUUAAAAACCCAAGAAAUGAGGUUUAAGUGCAGAUUCAUCUGCAGUCAUAAUUAAAGGGACGCUCAUGACGACAUGACGUGCUGCGGUCCUUUCCAUCGGCACCUGGGAGUGACGUCACCCUCGAG